UCAGACGACAUGUUACUACUAAUAUUGAUUUGGUUUUUGGCAUUAUGGAGUCAUAUUCAGUCGGCAAAAGUUCCACGGAUUCAAAAUGGCAUAGUUGGAGAACCCGAAGUGAUCUGUGACAUCAAGCAAAUCCGCAUCACAAUGCGAACAUCCCAGUCAUUCAUCGGAAAUUUAUACUCCAAGGGGUUCUUCCACAAAUCCGAGUGUCGAGUUCGCGGGAAUUCCACCGCAAAUUCCAUCGAAAUCGUGUUGCCCGUCGACUCAGACUGCGGAAUCCGGCGGAAGCGAAUGAUGAAUCCACGUGGAAUUCUGCUGGACACCAUCGUCAUUUUGAUGUUCCACCCGGUGUUUUUGACGCAAACCGACAGGAGUUAUCAUGUACAGUGCCAGUAUACCGAGUCAGAGAGGACCGUUACGAAUGCAUUGGAUGUUAGCAUGCAACCAGCUUCAGAACUUCCACAAAGCAUCCAACAACUGAACGACGACUCAGCUCCGGUUUGCAAGUACGAGGUGCUCAUGGAGAAUGCUCAAGGCCCCCCUCUAUCCCAUGCUACUGUAGGGGACCUGGUUUAUCAUAAAUGGUCCUGCGACGGCAACAACAAAGAAAUGUACUGCAUGACUGUUCACUCAUGUGUAGUCGAUGACGGUCAAGGAUUCGGGCAGAAGCUUGUCGAUGAGCACGGAUGCACACUUGACGCGUUCAUUCUGAAAGAGUUGGAGUAUAAUGAGAAAGAGCUGGAAGCUGGGCAAAUGUCAAGUGUUUUCAAGUUUGCGGACAAGCCGACGGUUUUCUUUUCGUGCAUGAUAAGGGUGGAGAUGAAGGAGUCCGCUGAGAUGCCUUGUGUGAUCCCAACAGAAGUUUGCAAGAACCUUCCUUCAUCGAAAAUGCAGAAUUUGGAUGUGAUGACAGAUCGGAAGGUUUCCGAUGAUAUCCCGCCAGGCUUCCCAAGACCACAAAACAAUACUAAACUGCAGAAAUCCCAAAAAUUUUCCACCGACGCCAUGACCUCAAACUCCGACUACAGUGCCGACUUCCUAGAUGACGAGCUGGAGGACGAGGUGGACAAGAUGAGCCGGAUUCCAUCGGUCACAAUGAAUCGUCUGAUCCGCCGAGACGUCGCGGGGGGCAACACCAAACUUUUGGCGGAUGUCGACGUGGCAGCUCCUUCUGUAAAUGUUCAGGAUCUUCCUGAGUCUGAAGUUGGAAAUCCUACUGGAAAUCGUAAAUUUCACGUGCCAACAAAUGCCUCGAACGACGUGUGUUUCACAAGGACCAACCUCAUUCUGAGCCUACUGAUUUUGGCGGCUCUUGGCAUAGUUACAAUAUCGCUGAUGUACCUGGUGAUCAGUAGAGUCACCGAGAACGAGUCUGCAAGUCGGAAAACCAAAAAACUACCGCUCCCGGACUUUUCGCGAUGAGCAAUUUGGAUAUUUUUUUAAUUUUUAUUUUACCGGUAUUAUGAUCUGUUCUUUUUUCAUUGUGAUUUUAAGAUAAUUUAUGACUAUAAAGUUUUGCCUAUUUGAA